AUGCAGCCCAACACGAUGCUUCCAGAGGGACAGGAUAGCUCGGAAGCAGACAACCACUUGGCAUGUCCGUCUUUUGCAGAGCUCAUAACUUCUGUUUUGGGACAUAUUGGUGACACCUACGCGCUGGAGCGUAAAGCCCAUCAGCAUGCGGCACAAUCAGAACAAAGUGCCCACCAAAACCAUUCGUUGAGGGUGCUCUUUCGUGUACCUUCUGAAGACGCGGUGCAGUGCGAUGCGCUGGGCCCAUCUGGAGCUCAGCCUGCAACUCUUGGCUUCGCUGACGAUAUGGCAAAACAAUUGAGUGCAUUAGUAGCUGAGUGUGACGUUGGCUGCGUGCCGGCUGGGUUGAUUAAGUGCACUUCUCGCUACCUGCAAAGAGCAUGUAUGUUGCUGCGGGACGCGGAGAACGGGUUAAAGAGUUGCCAAGCAGUGUCGAGGGGUAGCCAUAGCGGGGUUGGCCACCAUUCUUCUUCUAUCGGCAUCGACGUGUCUGCGUGUGACGAUGACGGACGGCUUGCGCAGCAGUGUAAAAUUCGUAAACCUACCGUGGAGAGUGUAUCUCGCUCCUUUCCUCUGGCUUAUAGUAGUGAAGACGGCACAAGUCUUAUGAGUGGUGAUUACCACACCGGAGACGCUGUACGUGGUGAAAGGUCCUAUGCUGGAAGUCUCCACGAGGCGGAGAUGGCGUUCUGUUGUCUCAUUGGGAUUGCAUUCUCUUGUCCAUGUCAGUCGUUAGCCAAUUGUCUGCAACUAAUUAUCGCAGAUGUUUUGGGGAAGGCCAUAUGCCCCUCAGGUUUACGCGGUAGAAUAUUGAAAUGUCUGUCACAGGUCGACGCAAGAACAAUUAGGGAAACACAGGUGAGUGAGCUCUGGGGGAUGGAAUCGAACGCCAACUUUCUCUACGUUGUGGAGGGUAAACUGGUAAGGUUAAAUUGGGAUGAGGUACUUUCUCCACGUCUCCACGAAGCUACCGAUGUCAAAUGGUACGUAGCUCCUUCUCCAACUGCGGCUCUACCGACUCUGGGGCAGCUGCUCUCCGGGAGGCUUUCUAGGGAGUUGGACGCAUUGCAGAAGUCAGUCUCUACCGCGGGUACGAUGCCUCGUUGCUCCCUACCAUCCUCCUCCUCAACACCGUCCCUGGCCCGCCGGCGCCUCGGGACCUUAUCGAAAGGUAGGACAAGUAGCUGCGGUGCAAUCGAUGGGGAGCUAGCGAACAAAGAGGCUUCAAAGGAAAAGGACGCGACACAACAAGCGUUAUGGGAGGCACUUUCUCAUUGCAGUAUCGCCUCCCUGCGGUCACUGUGCAGCGGACGUCGCGACCUACUGUAUCGUAUAUUCACAGAUAUGGGCGAAUUGCCACAAUAUUACUACGUCCUCUCGGCAUGUCCUGAAUUUCUUAAGGCUCACCACAGCACGUUUAUCUAUGUUUUCUUCGGGAAUGGCCCGCUGUUGAAUUCUGAACGUUUGAUGGUGGCAUUCAUGACGGCCUGCCGUCAGAAAUGUGAGUAUCUUGUGUGCCGAUUCGGUGCCUUGCUUAUGAGAGUGGGUGGAAAGGAGGGUGGAGUCUGUGGAACAGCAAGGUCUUGGCUCCGGGACGGACCACCACCAAAGUUGCAGGCCCUUCAACGCUUUAUAGCAAUCGCAACCCACGUCCCAUGGCAAAUAUCUGAUGUUGACAUUCGUACAGCCAUGAGCGCAGGAUGGAGCAUUCAUGGCCUCAUGCAAGUGUCAACCAUUGUGGCCGAAACGCUGUCGUUAUGCAGUUUGGUUAUGGGACUCUUCGUGCCAAAUGAUUUAUGUUCAUUUACCGCGCUACCACCGGCGCUGGCUGCCUUGCUUUCCCCUUGUGUGGUCGUUGGGGAUGAGCACCACCACAACGCUGACAUCAGUUUUACACGAUACACAGGAGUUGACGAUAUAGUUAGUGAGAAGCGAAUCAAGGGCUCUAACGUUGGCGGUUGCACGUUGAGAAGCGGUAAUUUCAACUGGCAAGAGCACGGCAGUACACUAAUGGAACAGUACUACCCCGGCGCCGCGUCGCUUAUAAAUGAUGAAUUUGACGCCUUAGCGGGCGUCGUUCGCCGUCUAAACCACUCAGAUUGCGUAGGGCUCACAAGUCCUGAGUAUUCCCCGGCUUAUGCAUUCCAGUCGUUACUGCUGUACGUGCAGAAUAUCAUCGGCUUCAUGUCUGACAAUUAUCCUUAUAAUGAUAUUAACAAGGUACUUCGCCGGCCGGCGAAGUUGAUUGCACAGACUUGUACAAUGCACCCUGAAACACUAUCUGGUGCUCAGUUGCGCCUGUGGAUGCAACCAGCUGUGGAGGGAAGUACUUCAACAGGCGACUUUUCAUCUUCUCAAGUUUUGUCGGGUGAUACCAGGAGGCGGAUGACCGCGGAGCGACGUGCUGAGGAUCAAAAGCAAGAGCUGAUAGAGUCUCUAAAUCGCCACCGCGCGCCCUUCACCUUGAGUUUGCCGGGUGAUUCCACGGAACACUGCGGGAGGCCAGAGGACGACGUGGUGGAGGAGGCACUGCGCCUGCACGAGGAGUGGCUUGUGUUAGUUUUGCUCUUGUGCACGAUGAAGGCACGAAAAGAGGGACUAAUGACUCUUUUACUUUAUCCAAUGUGGAAAAUUCUUAACAACAUGUAG